AUGACCAAACCCAGCUUUGUUCUUUUUGCCAUUGCCAGUCUAGCUAUGGCCGGACCAUGUAAACCAGAAAGCUCUACCGCUCAGACAUCCGAAAUAAUCGUUUCGUCCCUGGAGACUUCUUCCUCAAUGGUACCAAUUGAGACUUCCACGGCUGAGGCUACAUCCGCUCCUACUACCGACACAUAUACAUCGACUAAUGGAGAGACAAUGACUAUCCCUUUUAUACAAAUCGACUCCGACACGACCCUCACUACUAUUAUUUCAUCACUCAGCUCAAGCGAAAAUUCUUCAGAACUCGCUACAACAACAACAGCGGCUGCUCACAAUCCAGCCGAAUGUGUCGGCUCCAUACGGAUCCAGCAUGACCACUAUAUCGGCAUAAGCGGCGGUUUGAAGGGACCGCUUAGUUGGAACGAUUGCGCCCAGUUGUGCGAGGACACCUCGACCUGCAUUGCCUUUUUACACAGCCAAAGUGGAUACUGUUGGAAUGCUGUAGAGGGCGACAUAAGGUCAGAGUCAGAAAGUCAGGGUUGGAUCAGUGGUACCAAAGGAACAUGUCCUCGAGGUCAAUGA